AUUUUCUUCCAAUCUUUACAAUUAAGGGACAACAAAGAAGAAGAGUUAAUCGAAAAAUUGGAGGUGGUCACCGUGCCUUCCCCAUCACCAAAAGGCCUGCCAGUGAAGCAGUAUGCCGUCCAGUCGCAGCUGCCCGUGUAUGAGUGGCCAGAUGUGGGAUCUGGAGAAUAUGAUGUUGGAGUGGUCGCUUCAUUUGGCCGACUUUUGAGUGAGGCUCUUAUUCUUAAAUUUCCCUAUGGCAUAUUGAAUGUCCACCCCAGUUGCCUCCCAAGGUGGCGUGGUCCAGCCCCUAUAAUCCAUACUGUGCUUCACGGAGACACAAUUGCUGGAGUAACAAUUAUGCAAAUCAGGCCUAAAAGAUUUGAUGUAGGUCCAAUUCUCAAACAGGAAACCAUUCCUGUGCCCCCCAAGAGCACUGCAAAGGAAUUGGAAGUAGUGCUGUCAAGACUGGGUGCCAACAUGCUUAUUUCAGUUUUGAAAAAUUUGCCUGAAAGUUUGAAGAAUGGAAGGCAGCAGCCAACUGAGGGGGUGACACAUGCCCCUAAGAUUUCUGCUCGUACCAGCUGUAUAAAAUGGGAGGAACAAACUUCAGAGGAAAUAUUCAGACUUCAUCGUGCCAUUGGAAGUAUAAUUCCGUUACAGACACUCUGGAUGGAUAACACCAUUAAACUUCUGGAUUUGGUAGAAGUUAAUCAUUCAGUCCUCACUGAUCCAAAAUUAACAGGACAGACUGUUAUUCCAGGAUCCAUAAUAUACCACAAACAGUCACAGAAACUUCUGGUUUGUUGCAAGGUUGGCUGGAUUGGUGCUGUGGGAACCACCUGGCAGACCCAGCCACGACAGCUGCAAACCCUCACAGCCUUAAACACCAGGUCUGUCUGUGCUGUGGCCUGCCCUGGAUCAAAAGUUUGUUCUCUGCAGUUGUGCAAUGACAGGACAGCUGAAAUUCACAGAUAUUACAUGUUCCUCAUUCGGAUUAGGGAACAGAAAAUGUGCUUGCCAUCUACUCUGGAGUAA